UAUCAGAAAAAUAACCUUACCCCUCCUAUGCAUGUCAAGUUGAAGAGGGGAAGGGUUUGGUAAACGGCACUCCUUUUUAGUCCUCAUCCCAGUGCAAGGAAGAAGGCUGUAACAAAGCUACAAACAAGGUCAAAAAAUGGGAACUUUUACAAAGAUCCUGUUAGCGUCUCUAUGUGUUGCUUUCCUAGCUGUCAAGUGGACUUCACCCAGUUUUAAUAAAGAAUCUCUCAAAGGGGCCAGGGUAUUGGUGACUGGGUCCAGUGCGGGUAUUGGAGAACAAAUGGCAUACCACUAUGCCAGCUUUGGUGCUCAGAUAGUAAUUACAGCAAGGAGGGAGAAAGUGUUACAGCAGGUGGCAGAGAAGUGUCUGAGUUUAGGAGCCCAGAAAGCUCUCUACAUAGCCGCAGACAUGGCCAGUGAGUCAGACCCGGACAAAGUUGUAGAUUUUGCACUUGAAAAGCUUGGAGGGCUGGAUUACCUGGUUCUCAACCACAUUGGCCCGAGCCCCUUCAGCAUGUGGGAGGGAGACGUGGAGCACACCAGGUGGCUGAUGAAGGUCAAUUUCUUCAGCUACAUUCAGAUGGCCUGGAAAGCUUUGCCCUCCCUUGAACAAAGUAAUGGAUCACUGGUGAUUGUUUCAUCGCUUUUAGGUAAAAUGCCCAGUCCCUUUGUGGCACCGUAUACCUCCACAAAAUUUGCCUUGAAUGGUUUCUUCGGGGCCCUUCAGCACGAGCUGUCUAUGAAGAAGAGCAACGUGUCCAUCUCUAUAUGCACACUGGGGCUAAUUGACACUGAAGCAGCUAUGGAGAAAGUCAAGGGAGUCACCAGUGUUCCAGCCUACCCUGCCACAGAAGCAGCGAUGAACAUCAUCAUUACUGGAGCAACGAGACAGUCGGAGCUCUUCUACCCUUGGUUCACCUACAUCGUGUCUAUAACCAAAGAAAUAUUCCCUUCCAUCACAGGCUACAUAAUGCAGAACUCCUACACCUACAACCCAUGAAAAACAUUAAUUGUAAUUGAUAUAUUCCACUACAUAAAAUCUGCCUAUAAAAUAUUAAAAGAGAAAAAAUUGACUA